UACGCAUUGGCACGAGUAAACACGUGUUUAUGAGACAGAUCGCUAAAUUUUUUAGUGUCAACUUACUUUGAUUUUUACCCUGCUUGUUUAUUAGUUAUCAAAACAACUCAAAAUGUCUGUUCCCAAUAGGGCUUUGAAGCGAAAAAUGAAAAAGAAAGAGAAGAAAAUGAAAUUAGUCAAAGACAGUGAAAAAGUUAAUGAUGUCAACAAUGAAAAAAGUGAAAAAGAAGAAAUUGAAGAAAUGGAUGAGCCAGUUGCUAAGAAAAGUGAAAUAGCGCUUGAGGUUACCAAAGAUGAGUUGCAUAUCGAAGGAAAUGCAAGUGAAAAAAUUGAGGAAGAAAAAAAAUGCAAUGAUCAGUCCAUCUCAAGAGUACCUGAUUCAGCUGUUGAUUUAAAUACUACACAAGAUACCUCUUUUUCUUCAUUGAAAGAUAAAGUUUGUGAAAAUACUUUGAAGGCAAUCGAAGAUAUGGGUUUUACGCAGAUGACUGAGAUUCAAGCAAAAGCGAUCCCUCCUUUAUUAGAGGGACACGACCUUGUUGGUGCUGCAAAAACAGGUUCAGGAAAAACUUUAGCUUUUCUUAUUCCAGUGAUAGAAUUGAUUUACAAACAUAAAUUUGUACCAUCCAAAGGAACUGGGUGUAUAAUUAUUUCCCCGACUCGUGAGUUAUCGAUGCAGACUUUUGGCAUUCUCAGAGACUUGAUGAAAUACCAUAAUCAUACGUAUAGUCUUAUAAUGGGUGGUUCAAAUCGAAAAGCUGAACUCGAAAAACUGAAGCAGGGUGCAAAUAUAAUUGUGACUACGCCAGGUCGCUUACUUGAUCAUUUGAAAAAUAGUUCUAAAGAUUUCACAUUUUCAAACCUCCAGUGCCUUGUUCUUGAUGAAGCUGAUAGAAUUUUAGAUAUUGGCUUCGAAGAAGAUGUAAAGCAGAUUAUUAGACUUCUUCCUAAGGAGAGACAAACAAUGCUUUUUAGUGCCACAAAAACUGAAAAAACUGAGGCAUUAACUGCUCUUGCGUUAAAAAAAGAAUUAGUUUAUGUUGGUGUAGAUGAUGACAAAGAUAAAGCUACAGUUGAAGGAUUGACUCAAGGAUACAUUACAAUGGAUAGUGAAAAAAGACUUCUCAUGUUGUUUACAUUCUUAAGAAAAAACCGUAAUAAGAAAAUUAUGGUCUUUUUCAGUUCUUGCAAGUCUGUAAAAUUUCAUAAUGAACUUUUUAAUUUUAUCAAACUACCUGUUAUGAGUAUUCACGGAAAACAACAACAAUCCAAAAGGUCAGCCACAUUUUAUAGCUUUUGUAGUGCAAAGUCUGGAACCUUGUUAUGUACAGAUGUUGCAGCCAGAGGUUUAGAUAUUCCUAAUGUUGAUUGGAUUGUUCAAUAUGAUCCGCCAAAUGAUACAAAAGAAUAUAUUCAUAGAGUCGGUCGUACCGCUCGUGGAGAAGGUAGUUGUGGAAAUGCCCUAUUGAUUUUGCGACCAGAAGAGCUAGGAUUUUUGAAGUAUUUAGAGGAAGCCAAAGUUCCUGUUAUUGAGUUUGAAGUUGAAAGCAACGAAAUUAAGGACAUUCAACUUCAGCUAGAGGAAUUGAUUUCCACAAAAUAUUUUCUGCAAUCUUCUGCUAAAGAAGCUUAUGCUGCUUAUGUGCGAGCUUAUGACUCCCAUAAUCUAAAAGAUGUGUUCAAUGUAGAUACUUUGAAUUUAGCCAAAGUAGCCAAAUCGUUCGGAUUUGAAGCACCACCAAAUGUUGAUUUUCGAUUAGUUAGAAAAAAUAUUGAUAACUUCUGCCGUCCUCGAGGGAGUCGAAAAUCCAAUGAGUAUGAUCCAAAGGCAGCCCAAAGAGAUCGUCGAACAAAAGUAUAUCGAAAAUUUAAAAGCAACCAAGACCGAAGAUUUUCACGAUAAGUUUCGUUUGUGCAAAUACAGCAUUCAAAAUGAAUUUUACGAAUUAUGUUUCAGAAUUUUCUAAUUCAAUUUUAGAAACUCUACAGCACCUCGUGAUUUAUGUACAUAUGUUAUGGUGACAAAUAAAUUGUUUAGUUUAUUAAAAAUAUCAUGUAAUGAUACUUUUGAACUGUUGAAAUUUUGUACAAUUUUAAUUUGUAAAUAAAUUUUUUUAUGCUAAA